AUGAAACAGCAACCAUAUCGCAGUUCCUACCUCUCAUCGAUGGGGGUAGGAGCAGCCCUACAGUCGGCACUCAUAUUCGCUGUCACUCUUGGACUCUCCCUUCUAUUGCGCUACUUUAGUGGGCUCGAUACCGACAGGGCCACAGGCCCUUGUCAGUUGCGAUGGGGAGGCGUUACGGUUGAGGGCUACCUCGGUCCCAACAACGUCUGCCGCUAUAGUAUCCAGUAUUCGAAGACAGUGCGAUGGGGUGAGCCCCGCAGUGUUACGACAGACGGCUCUGGACUGCCGCCAUCUUGCCCGCAGUCCGUGGUGUUCGGCUCCAGAUUCCGAGGCCUGGGGGUUCCUGAGAGCGAAGAUUGCAACUACAUGCUCCUCUUUGUCCCUCAAAACGCCGAUGCCAGCACCCCCAUCUUCACCUGGAUCCAUGGUGGGAGCAACUGGAUGGGCAGUGUCUCCAUGCCGGGCUUGGACGGCUUCGCACUCGCUGGUAAGGGCCAGAUCGUCGUCCUGCCUCAGUACCGUCUCGGUCUCCUCGGCAUGAUGCCUCCAUCAAUUCACCCUACAUCUCUCGAUCCCAACCUCGCUGUUCGUGACUUGGCCUUCAUGCUGAAGACUAUUCACGACAACAUUGGCACCCAGGGCAACGCCGGCGCCAUCACUAUCAGCGGGCACAGCAGCGGUGCCGCCAUGCUCCGCUCCCUCUGGCAGGUCCCCUCAGCCCCUGGGCUCUACCAUCAGAUUAUCGUUCACUCGGAUCCUAGCGUGUUCCCCACCUCCUCUAUGGAACAGCACAAGGUCGUCCGCGAUAAAGUUUACAGUUUCGACAUGUUUAAAGGGUCCAGGACACUUCAAUCGCUCAAGGAGUUGGACGUCGGCGCCUUCCAACACGCAAUUGACCAGCUGAUGGCUUGGUCUGGCUCCGUUAACACCCCGACCGACAUCCUGAACCCCGUUUUCGGCACCAUGACCAUCCCAUACGAGCCGACCCGCGCACUCCACGGCGAUGGCUACCUCUCAGUCCGACCCCAUGAUGUCACCAUGCUCAUGUCGACGACAAAGGACGACGGUGGAUACGUCGUCAGCAGCAACCACCACCAACCGCUGAGUGUGGCACUGGACUCGGACGAUUUGUCUCCCUUCCUACGGGCACUGGCUGGGCGCUGCGCGAACGACCCAACAAGUCAACCCUUCAUCUCAGAGGAGAAGUAUAGGAUCGAGUCCUACCCUGAGGGGCCUGAUGUAGGCCGUUUGGCUUUGACCGAUAUCAUCACCGACGGCGCUUUCCGCUGCGUCGGCCGCGAUACGGCUUCACACUGGGCCAAGGCUGGUGGCAAGGCUUAUGUUGUCGAGAUCAACGACUCGGCCCCGUACCUCUGGAGUUCGAUGGUCGGCAACGACUGGUGCAUCGGCAGGGACGACGUUCCCAACGUUCUCGGCUACGAUAACGGUGCCACCCCUGGCCUCGGUGAUGAGGUCUCUGACAUCUGGUCGGCUUUCAUCCAAGGAAGGAGCAUCGGCGUCGACACCUACAAGCCCGAUGCCAAUCAGCAAAACACCAAUGUCAAGGUCAUCGGUGGUGGCGGCGGUGAGGCCCCCAACUGCCCGGCCGACUUCUGGGGCACUAAGCGAAGAGUGCUUUUCACCAUAGAUCCUCCCGGUUGUGGUCGCCUGAACAGGCACGGUGCUGAAGUUGUCCAGAGGAGAAGCAAACGUCGUCAUGUUGAGCAGUUCGCCUUCGUUCUUGACCUCGCUGAAGCCGAUGCAUUGAUUCUGCAAGUCCCACACACUGUACACAGUGCGCAGGAAGGGGAGACCCAGGAACGGAACACUCUUCCACGUGCCGUCUUCCACGACCGAAGAAAAGAGGGCGGUACAGUUUCCGUUCUCCUCUCGCAUGAUGAGGUCUUCCGCAGCCAUGGAGAACAUGGUCCCGUUCAGCGUGACACUGAAGUCCAGCUUAGCGUCGCAAGGGACACUCCAGAAGGUCUCGGGCUUGUACUUGGCGCUCGUACGGUUCCACUUCGCGGCGCCAGGGACAGUGCUCAUCAGCCCGUCGACCAUCGCGCUCGGAAGGCCGACGAAAGGUUGGUUCAGAGUGAUCCCGAUCAGGCGCUCGCCCCAGUUCCCGUCCGAAAGUGGCCACAUGUACGAGGCUCCCACGUCCACGGGCUUCGCACGACGGACGAGAUCCACGUUGGCGGUCACAUCGUUGAGGGUGAGAUUGUCGAGCCUCACAUUCCAGAGGCCGUCCGCUGUGAUCCACUGAAGCUCGCCCUCCGUUUGCGCCUCGUCGAUGCUUCCGAAGCUAACGCUGCCUAUGUCUGGGGUGUGUGA